AUGAGUUCCGAAAUGAAUGAUGAAUCGAUCGUUGUUGCUGGUCGACCACCCAAAAAAUUGGCUCUACUUAUCGGUAACAAUAAUUAUGAACAUGGAGACAAACUCAAAUACUGCAUCAACGACGUUCAUGAUGUAGCUAAUGAGUUGAAACAAAUGGGCUUUCAGGUGACUAUAGGUACUGAUUUGCCAUAUGUAACUAUGAUCCAGAUAAUCCUUCGAUUUCAACGACAAAUCAACACAGAUGAUCUCGUUGUUUUCUUUUACUCUGGUCAUGGAAUCCAAUGGGAGGAUCAGAAUUAUUUAAUUGCUAUUGAUAACAAAUGUCUCGCUGAUGAUACCGAAAUGUAUCGACAUUAUGCUAUUCGCGUUCAAUUUAUACUUGAGUCAAUGACAAAACGUCGACCUAGUACUAUCGUGUUCUUGCUUGACUGUUGUCGAACGUAUCUAACUGAAAAUCAGGCAUUAUCGAACACACCAUUGACGAAAUCAAUACCAGAAAAUACAACUAGAACUGGUCUUACAACAAUGAAAGGUGUAGCAGGUUCUUUAAUAGUCUUUGCUUGUGGUCCUAAUGAAGCAGUAUUGGAAGAAUCAAAAAAUGGACGCAAUAGACAAACUUGUGUGCUUUUACCUUCAUCAUAUCGAAAUGAAAAACUUCAAAAUCGUAUUGAUGAGUGUGAGUUUCGAUCGACGGUAGAUUUACGUGAACAGGAUUUGACAGAUGCAGACAUGGAUAUUGUGUUACAACAGGCAAUUAUUAAAAAACAAUGCAAAUAUCUUCGAUUAUCACAGAAUCAAAUUACAUCACUCGGUGCUUCAAUCAUCGCAUCGGCACUGAAAAACUUUACUAGUUUGGAAACAUUAAAUCUUUGUAACAAUACUAUUUCAGAUAGUGGCGUGAAUUCUCUUUCCGAGAAACUUUCAUCAAACAAUUCGAUUCUGAAAGUUCUUAUUCUUGCAGCGAAUCGAAUCACAGACACAGGUGCACAAUAUUUGGCUCAAAUACUUCAAACAAAUCGAACACUAGUAUGCUUGGGAUUGUCUUUCAAUGAAAUUGGCGAUCAAGGAGUUCAAUCGUUGAGUCAAGCACUGACUCAAUAUAAUACCACUCUUCAAGAAUUGUAUCUCAACGGAAACAAAUUAAUUGGUGAUUCAAGUGUCGAUUCCAUCAUUUCAAUGCUUAAAUACAAUCUACCACUACGAGCACCCGCUAUUGACAUUCAUCGGAAUGCAACAUGGAUACAAAAUGCUCUCACUGUGGCUGGAGGAAAUGGAAAAGGUAAUGGAUUAAAUCAAUUCACUUAUCCAUGGGGUUUAUAUGUCGAUGAUGAUCAAACAAUUUAUGUCGCUGAUACGUCGAGUCAUCGUAUUGUGGAAUGGAAACGUGGUGUAACGAGUGGCCAAGUGGUUGCUGGUAGAAAUGGACAAGGGAAUGGAGCUCAUCAGUUGCACAACCCACGAGAUGUGAUUGUCGACAAAGAGAGGGAUAGUCUCAUCAUUUGCGAUCAGGAGAAUAGAAGAGUAGUUCGAUGGCCUCGUCGGAAUGGUACUAAUGGAGAAACAAUCAUCUCAAACAUCUUUUGCACAGGUUUGACAAUGGACGAGAAUGGAUCUCUCUAUGUCGUUAACGAAUUAAGACAUGAAGUUAGACUAUAUAGAAUUGGUGAUACCCAAGGGACAGUGGUUGCAGGUGGCAAUGGAUGGGGAAAUCGUACCGAUCAACUCUUUUACCCUGAGUACAUAUUUGUCGAUCGAGAUCAUUCAGUGUACGUGUCUGAUUAUUACAAUCAUCGUGUGAUGAAAUGGGAAGAAGGUGCAAAACAAGGCAUUGUUGUAGCCGGUGGUCAAGGAAAUGGAAGUAGUCUUACACAAUUGUCAUGUCCUGAAGGAGUUGUUGUUGAUCAAUUGGGCACUGUUUAUGUGGCUGAUCAUGGGAAUCAUCGAAUCAUGCGUUGGCCAAAAGGAGCCAUACAAGGAAGUGUUAUUGUUGGUGGAAACGGUCGAGGAGAACGGUCGAAUCAAUUAAAUAAUCCCAUAGGUUUAUCAUUCGAUCGACAUGGCAAUCUCUAUGUUGUCGAUUUCCAAAAUAAUCGAGUACAAAAAUUUUCAAUCGAACAGACGACAAAUUAA